AUGGCGAGAGGUGGAGUCCGACUCAACACAUGGAUCAUUUUGCUGAUUCAGUGUGUGUCACUGUGCAGCGCUUUUCUGCCCAACUUCUGGUCCAGAGUUCUGACGCUAUCCUUGGAUUCACACACACACCAGUACAUGACGGAGCAGGCUGUGAUCAACGUGACCCUGGAGACUCUCUACAUGAUGCCUGAUCAGGACUUCGAUGAUCAGGGAAAGGCAGAUCUGGGUCGGGCGUUUUGGAGAGCUGUGGCUGAGGUGGUAGAUGCCAACGUUGCCAUGGACUUCCUGAGCACCACCCGCUCAGAUCCAGUGUAUCACUUCGACUCCGAGAGGGUAGAAGAAGCCAUACAGCUGCUGCGGGACCUCUGGAAACAGACUGUCCUGCUAACAAAGAACAACGACUAUCAGGGUGCAAGAUACAACCUGGGACAACUCUUCCAUGCCCUACAGGACUUUUAUAGCCAUAGUAACUGGGUGGAAAUGGGACAGAAAAGUGAGUAUCUUCAUCUGCUGCACCCCAGAAUGUUGGCAAUACCUGUCGCCUCAGAAGACACUCCUACCUGUGCUGCGUGUUACCGAUACAGCUGCUAUAGUAAUCUACUGGAAGAGCUUGUAAAAGGGCCACCGGAGCCUCUCCUUACCACUGGAUAUUUUGGUACCUACCCAGUCAAACCUGCAGGAAAAUGCAGCCACGGUGGAGUUCUGGACAGCAGUCGCCACCAGGCAGCUGAGGGUGGAAUCAAUAAGGACAGCACAUCCCCGCUAUUCUCCCCCCACCAUUACCUCCACAAUGAGGCUGCGCAACUGGCUACCAAGGCUACCGUCAGUGUGCUUCAUGACCUCAGGGAUGAAGUGGGGCCCAAAAGCUUCCUCAGACUCUUCAGUGUGAAACAGCCUCCAGCUCUGGUGUUUGUGAUAGACACCACCGGCAGCAUGUUUGAGGAGAUCACCGCUGCCCGUCUCCGUGCCCUGUCAAUCAUACAAGCGCGAAAGAAAAGCCACACCGGUGGGCUGCCUGGAAUCUUCCUCCUCAUCCCCUUUCAUGACCCGGAUGUGGGUCCGGUUUUGGAGACUGAUGAUCCUGGUGAAUUUCAGUUGUUUAUGGAGAAUUUAAUGGCUCUGGGUGGAGGGGAUGAACCUGAGAUGUGCAUCUCGGCUAUUCAGCUGGCUCUGAUACGCAGCCCACCGCUGUCUGAGAUUUUCGUUUUCACUGAUGCUUCCCCUAAAGACGCCCAUCUGUACACCACCGUCAAAGCUCUGAUCCAGGAGAAACAGAGCAAGGUGACGUUUCUAUUAACCGAAGAUCCGAGUCACGAGGUGAGAAGGUCGAGCAAGAGGAAGAGAAGGACGCCGCUUCCUCCCGAUAGAUUCUCUCUGUACUCGUCUCUGUCCUCACUGUCGGGAGGAAUGACCAUAUUCACCACCAACAAAGACAUCUAUAAAGCCUCGGCCAUUGUGGAGGACAGCACCGCAUCCAACAAGGUGACCCUGUUUCAUGCAGAAAGUGAAUCGGACUCAUCUCACUCCUUCACAGUUGAUCAAGCCGUCAGAUCUGUGAGACUUCAUGUUGCGGGGAAACUUACACAGUGUGUCCUAGUCAACCCUACAGGUGCUUUUCAGUCUCUUCUCAGUGAAGCAGGUCCUCUGGCUGAAACAGAUCAGCUGGACGGUCUGUACCGCAUCAGUCUGCUGCCUUCUAUCGAACCUGGUCAAUGGCAUGUUAAUGUUAAAGCCCAUGGACCAAUCACAUUUAAUGUCUUAGGAGAAAGCAGUUUGGACUUUCUGUAUUUCUUUGCAGUCGAGGCAAACGAGACUCAUCCGGGUCUGCGGAGAGUGGACGGCAGUCCGAUAGCAGGAGUCUCAGUGUUUGUGGUUGUGAUUAUAACCGGUCUGUCACUCAACGAUGAAGCCACGUUCAGUCACGUGACCCUGCUAGGAGCAAAUGGUGAAAACCAUCAGCAAAUUCUGCUAAAUUCAACAUCCAGGUCAGGAGAGGAGCUGGUGGGUUACAUCGACUCAGUUCCCAGAAUGCCCUUCAGUGUGCAUCUCUGUGGCAAAGAUGGAAAAGGGAACAAACUGGAGAGAGUCUCCGCUGAAAUAAUUCAUCCCACUCAUGUACAGAUUCAGGUGACGUCCGCUCCUUACCUUCUUCCUGGACAUCAAUCCACUGUUGUAUUUGAGGUGUUUAACCACGGUCCUGUUCGCCAUUUUACACUGACUGCUGUAGAUGACCGUGGUUACCUUGUAGGCAACAGACAUCAGAAGUUAUCUAUAGGAGAGAGAAGUUCUGAGGGGGCUGAGGUCAACCUGUACACCCCUCACUCCACCCCAGCAGGUCAGUCACUCACACUGACCCUAACAAUCCAGGCAGAUGAUUCACCGGAUGCCAACUACGCUGUGGUUCAUCUGAGCGUUUCAUUAGAGGAGCGUGACUUGUCUCCACCAUCAUGUUCAUCGAUGACCGUGGAGUUAACCUGCCAGCCGCAGUGCUCUCUGGGUAAAUGGAGCAUCUCUCUGUCAGUGAAGGACCAAGGCCAUUCUGGUCUUGCAGCCAUACAGCUCACUGUAGGAACCGGGACCCUCACCAUGCUCACCGAGGAGGUCACAGAGAAAACCAAGAGCCCCCGUACACAGUUCCAUGAAGAGAACGUGGACGGAUAUACGAGUCCUCUUGUGCAGCACCAUAAGGAGUCCACAGAGCGUCAGUUCCAUGACAAAUUAGUGACCGGUGACCCCCCGCUGAACAUAAGUGAGUGGGCCAGGGGAAGGACAGUGAUGUUACGUUAUACUUCAGACUGCUGUGUCCCUCAGGCUGAGCUGCUGGUGUGGGACAAGGCUGGAAAUAAGCGGCGCUGCCAUCUGACAGCCAGCCAGCAGAGGGCGCUGAGAGAGAGAAGCAGUGCAGCAAAUGACAUUACACCUACACCUGUAAAUCUAUUAUUAUGGAGCCUGUUGGCUUUAAAAACAUUCUGUUUUAUUUGUACAUAGUGAAGCUAAAUAUGUGUAAAUGGACUGGAAAUAGAAAAAAAAAACCUCACUGGAUGUCGUUUUUACUUCUGUCAGUGUAAAUAUCAAAUAUAUAAAAGUAAUAAACAUAAAUAAAUAUGAACAAUAGCAAUAAUAAGUAAUUAACAUACAUAUUUGUGCCUUAGGUGCCAUUUGUAAAGGUUCAUUUCAAAUAUAUUUAUGAGGUUGAGGUCACAGCUCUGGGACAGGAAAAGGUUUUUCUGCUGCCAGAAGUCUAUAGCAUCUAUUUUAUAUAAUGUAUUUUAUCUGUCUUCUAGCCAAGGGUUUGUCUGAAACACCUAAACACAGUGUAUUUAU